UUUAAGAAAUUCUACAUCUCACAAGGCCCCAAACCAAACGCACCUUUAAUCGUUCGCUCUCUCUCUCUCUCUCUCUCUCUCUCUCACUGUGCCAGCAUUCGAUGGUUUGUUCUUCAAAUGUAGAGACAUCUGACAGGGCUAUGUAUAUGGACGUGCGGGUGUGAAACCAGAGCGUACAGUAUCGAUGUCGAACGUCUUCAGCCCUUCGCGAAGCGCGGCCAAUUCGAGGUUACAGUUUGGGGGAAGUGGGUGGAGGCUGAGAUCUUCGUCCUUGAAGAAGCCGCCGGAGCCUCUCCGCCGCGCCGUCGCCGACUGCCUCUCCUCCUCCGCCCCCUCCCACCACGGCACCCACUCCGCCGUUGUCUCCGAGGCUUCCAGAACCCUUCGGGACUAUCUUGCAGCACAUGUAACAACUGAUCUGGCUUACAAUGUCAUAUUAGAACAUACUCUUGCAGAGAAGGAGCGCAGCCCGGCAGUAGUGGCGAGGUGCGUGGCACUUUUGAAACGUUACCUUCUAAGAUAUAAACCCAGUGAGGAGACAUUACAACAUAUUGAUCGGUUUUGUGCCAACAUAAUUGUUGAAUGUGAUGUUUUCCCAAGCCGAAGAUCAUCAUCAUGGUCGCAGUCUUCAAGCCAACAAUCUGGAGCAUUAACGAUGCCAAUCAAUUCAUCUCCUUUGCCUGUAUCAAGUUUUUCAUCGCUAGCACUUGUGAAGUCAUUAAAUUAUGUUCGUUCCCUAGUGGCUCAACACUUGCCAAAACGAUCUUUUCAACCAGCAGCAUUUGCUGGAGCACCUUCUGCAUCAAAGCAGUCACUUCCGACAUUGUCAUCUUUGUUGAGCAGAUCAUUCAAUUCCCAAUUGAGCCCAGCAAGUAGUAAAGAAACUUCAGAGAACAAGGAGGUAUCAGCUUUGUCUAUUUCAACCCCACCAAUUGCUGAAAAAGUUGAUGGAGACGAUGUCCUUGAAUUCAUAGCCCUCGAUGUUCUGAAAUGGCGCUGGUAUAGGAAUGAGCAAUCAUCAUUGCCUUCAACUGAAAGCAAUCGUAUUCCAACUCCCCAAGACACAAGUACACAUAAUCUUGUUGAGGUUGGCGCUGCAGCUCUUCUUGUAGGGGAUGUGGACGCUAAAUCAAAGGGCCAAGCUUGGAAAAAUGUUGGAACUGCUGAUAUGCCUUACCUCGAUCAACUGUUGCAGCCCUCUUUGCUCACCACUGUCACCAGCUCGGCUUCUGCACGUGCACACAUGAGAGCAAUAACUGCAUCUAAGCGCACUAAACCAGGCCCUCAUCAAUUAUGGGAAGAUUCCCCAUUGAGCACAUUCCGCCCACGUGCUCGGCCCCUUUUCCAGUAUCGCCACUACAGUGAACAACAACCUUUGAAGUUGAAUACAGCAGAGGUAUAUGAGGUCAUUGCUGCAGUUUGCUCAGAGACACCUGCUCCAAAUGCUAAUCUCAUGACUGUCUCUUCUAAAUUGAGUAAUAGUGGAAAGCCUUCAAUGGAUGUGGCUGUGAGCGUUCUCAUCAAACUUGUGAUUGACAUGUAUGUGCUGGAUUCUCAAACAGCUGCACCCCUCACUUUAUCCAUGCUUGAGGAAAUGCUUAGUUCUCCCAGAUUGGCUUCAAGGUGUCGUGCCUUUGAUUUAAUACUAAACCUUGGGGUUCAUGGUCAUCUUUUGGAGCCAAUGAUACUUGAUGAUACUUCUGUAAUUGAAGAAGAUUACCCUCAAGAAUCAUUCUUUGAUAAUGAAGCACAACUUAUGACUCAAGGAAAGAAACAGUCAGAGUAUUCUAAGUUAGAGAAUUCCUCAGCUAUCAGUAAUUUUGAGACCUGGAUUUUAGGCAUAUUGUAUGAGAUUCUUCUUCAUCUUGUUCAGAUACAAGAGAAGGAAGAAUCUGUCUGGGCUUCUGCCCUUAGCUGUUUACUCUAUUUUGUCUGCGACAGAGGCCAAAUCAGGAGGAGCAGAUUAGAAGGUCUUGACAUAAGGGUGGUUAAGGUUCUCAUAGAGAUAAGCAGGAGAAAUUCUUGGGCAGAAAUUGUUUGCAGCAAGCUUAUUUGCAUGCUAACAAACAUGUUUUAUCAAGUAUCUGAUGAAGCAGGUUCAACUACUCCAAAGUUUCUUGUUGAGCAGGUGGAUCUAAUUGGAGGAAUUGAGUUUAUCUUCCUUGAGUUGGUGCUCUCAAACUCAAGGGAAGAAAGGAGAAAUCUGUAUCAAGUGCUUUUUGACUAUGUUUCACAUCUAAUAAAUGAGGCAUGCAUGUCCACUGGGUUAUCAGAAUAUAGUGAUGAUGAGAUUCGACCUAUUGCUACUCUGCUUAUGGUUGCUGAUGCUCCUGAGGCUUUUUAUAUAUCUGUGAAGCUUGGUUUAGAGGGAAUUGGAGAGCUCUUGAGAAGAUCAGUUUCUGCUGCACUGUCUACGUAUCCCAACAGUGAUCGUCUGAAUAAUCUUUUGGAGAAGAUUACUGAGAAGCUUGACUCAUUUAUAAGUUCAUUUACUCAUUUGGACAAAGAAUUCACACAGAUGAUACAAAUAACAAAAUCUUACAAGUCUAUGAAAAGCAUUGACAAUGGAGUCGUGGGACACAGUGUUGGAAUGAAAGUGAAGCUAUCAUGGGCAACUUUACAUUCUCUUAUUCAUUCAGAAAGACUUAUUUGUCGCCAGAAUGGGUAUGUGUGGUUGGGGGAUUUGUUGAUAGCAGAAAUUAGUGCAGAAAAGGAUGUGAGUGUAUUGUCCAAUAUUAGAAACUUGCAGCAGAAAAUUUCCCUUGCUGGUGUUAAUGAUUAUUUGGUAGAUUUAGAUGUUCCAUUACCGAUUUGGCUUAUGUGUGGGCUUCUGAAGUCAAAAAACAGUAUCAUCAGGUGGGGCUUCUUAUUUGUUCUAGAGAAGCUUCUUAUGAGGUUCAAAACUUUACUAGUUGAGAAUGAGCUGCAACAAUCAAGCACCGGUGAACAUGCUGGAGAUCUGCCAGACAGCAGUCGCCUUGAGAAAGCAAAUGUAGUGAUAGACACUAUGAGCAGUGCCUUGUCCUUGGUGGCUCAGAUAAAUGAAACUGACCGUAUCAAUAUUUUGAAGAUGUGUGACAUCCUAUUUUCUCAAUUGUGCCUGAAAGUCCCUACAACUGCUACACCAUUUAGAGAUACAAUGCAUGAUGAUAAGGUCUUUAGAUACAUGGAUGGAAAUAACACAGCUGAUGCAGAAGAAAGUUUCCCUCAGCAAGAGAAGCUAUCCCGGGAAGGAUCUAUUGAAGAUAUGAAGAGCAGAUUUGGUCACAAAGAUGACGCUCCAAUUUGUGAGACUGGAUCAAUGGCUGCAUUACUUCUUUGCGGACAGGCCAUUGUCCCCAUGCAGUUGGUUGCACGUGUUCCUGCAGCUUUAUUUUAUUGGCCUUUGAUUCAACUUGCUGGAGCAGCAACAGACAAUAUUGCAUUGGGUGUCUCUGUUGGUAGCAAAGGAAGAGGAAACCUCCCUGGUGCCACGUCAGAUAUACGGGCCACUCUUCUUUUACUUCUAAUUGGUAAAUGCACUGCAGAUCCAGCCGCUUUUCAAGAAGUUGGUGGAGAGGAUUUUUUUAGGGAACUGUUAGAUGAUACGGACUCAAGGGUGGCAUAUUACUCCUCAACUUUUCUUUUGAAGAGAAUGAUGACUGAAGAACCUGAAAAUUACCAACGCAUGCUUCAGAGUCUUGUUUUCAGAGCUCAGCAGAGUAACAAUGAAAAGCUGCUUGAAAAUCCAUACCUUCAGAUGCGAGGAAUCCUUCAGCUGUCAAAUGAGUGAUCCUGGAAUUGGGACUGAUAGCUGAUGACAACUCUUGGAGGGAAUUUUUGCCUCCAUAGGAGGCACCAUGUCGUGGACCAAUUUGAUGAUCACUACUGAACUUUGCAAUGUUUUGGCACCUGACAUCCCUUGGCUGAAAUGUGGAACACAAAGAGUGCAAGAUACUUCAUCUUUUAGAUGUGCAUUAAAUGGAUUGGUAUUUUGCGCAGGAAGCUGCGUCAUUGUCCAUUCUUACCGUCAUCACCAAGUUGUACAUUUAUGUGAGAAAGUGAUCAGGGGCCUUCUGUAUGCUGAAAAUAUAUGGAGCUUUACAUCAGAGUGUCAAGUAAAAUUUAUUAAGCUCGCAUUGUAUUACAAUGCUGGAUGUUUGGGCCCCUGAUUGUUACUAUCUUCAGUUGGGUGUGCACCAUGGGGCAACGUUCCUUUGUGAUGCAUGAGGUCUCCUCUUGGUCUUUAUUGUCAUCCCAGAGGAUGAUACCUUUUCUUUUGCUUGUUAACUAAUGGCGACUGGUCAAUUUGAUUGCAAGUAGAUGUACUAGAGGUGCUAAUGUUCCAGUAGACAAACGAUGAAGAUCCGGAUGGGUUAAUCUUGGAUGAUAAUUAUCUCCAUCAGGGGCAUCAACAAGGAAGUGUUGUUACAGGCACUGAUAUGAAGCAUGCCUGGUAUGUAUAAUUGUACUGUAGUCAGUUAUUCUUUUAACAUUGUAAAUGUGUGGCUUUUUGUCCUUUUGUCCUACCCACCACCAUAUUGCGAAUGCUGUAAAAUAGUCAUUGAGUAAUUUUCUCCUCUGCCUAACAAUUGAGUGAUAUAAAAUUUAAAGAAAGUUUUCUGUUUCACUUUUCAA